AAACCACACAAUAACAGUCUCUCCUCGUUAAAAACUUAUCUCUCUUUCUUCCUCUUUUGAUUUUCCUACACAAAGCUCUUUAAGGAGGAAAAGAAAGUAUCCCAAAUGGCCACCGUCACCUCCGCCGCCGUUGCUAUCCCAUCUUUCACUGGUCUCAAGGCUGGCGCAACUCCAGCCAAGGUUAGCUCCACCGUCAAGGUUGCCUCCUCUCCGGCCUCCAGAUUUAGCGUCAAGGCCUCACUCAAGGAUGUAGGAGUUGCUGUCGCUGCCACUGCCGCUAGCGCAAUCCUCGCCAGCAACGCCAUGGCCGUAGAAGUAUUGCUCGGUGGCGAUGAUGGGUCACUGGCUUUUGUUCCCAACAGCUUCUCUGUGGCCUCAGGAGAGAAGAUUGUGUUCAAGAACAAUGCAGGGUUCCCGCACAAUGUGGUCUUCGACGAGGACGAGAUUCCAAGCGGUGUUGAUGCAUCCACAAUCUCGAUGUCCGAAGAGGACCUCCUCAAUGCCCCAGGGGAGACAUACGCCGUUACCUUGACCCAGAAAGGAACAUACAGUUUCUACUGUUCCCCUCACCAGGGAGCUGGUAUGGUCGGAAAAGUGACUGUCAAUUAAGUUCACUUUGUAUAUGAGUUCAUCUCAUGUUUCUCUUCUUUCAGCGUCUCAAAAACUCUUCCUAUUUUGGGUGUUAAUUAGGUGGGUUUGUUAGGAUUAGAGACUGCAUGAAGUGAAUCUAACCAAUGUGAUGCUUUGUAUUUUUCAUUUACUUGUGUAGGUUUUGUUGUAAACUUUGUGCCCCAUUUAUAAAUUUUCCUUGAAACA